AUGCCUGCUAAGAUGGCACUGGCCAGUUCACUUUCGAGCAAGCCAUUGCCACCACGCUCCAGGAAAGUGUCUACAGCAGGGGUGGAAGCGCACCAGAGCAAGCUGGAUUUUUUCUGCAAGCUGGGCUACGGUAAGCAGGACAUAUGCAAAGUACUGGAGAACCUGGGCCAAGAGGCCCUGGAGGAUGAUGUGCUGAAAGAGCUGAUUCGGAUGGGCAGCAAACCUCAAGCUCUGGAGAGCCAGCCUCAGCCUUCCUCGCUAAAACUUGUUGCCCGUGGCUCAUGUAGUGCUUCACCAGGGUUGAAGUGGCUUGGAGAUGAUGACAGUGAUUCUUCCGAUUGUUUGAGACCCAUUGUGAUCGACGGCAGCAAUGUCGCAAUGAGCCAUGGAAACAAGGAGGUAUUCUCCUGCUGGGGGAUCCAGCUGGCAGUGGAUUGGUUUCGAGAAAGAGGGCACACAUACAUUAAGGUUUUUGUCCCCCUCUGGAGAAAGGAGCCCCCUCGCCAAGACAGUCCAAUCGCAGAUCAGCACAUUCUUGAAGAGCUUGAAAAGCAAUCGAUCCUUGUGUACACCCCAUCCCGGAAGGUGAAAGGCAAGAGGGUCAUUUGCUAUGAUGAUCGCUAUAUAGUGAAAGUUGCUUAUGAGAAAGAUGGAGUCAUCGUCUCCAAUGACCAUUACCGGGAUCUCCAGAAUGAAAACCCCGAGUGGAAAUGGUUUAUUGAGCAGCGACUACUCAUGUACUCCUUUGUCAGUAACAGGUUUAUGCCUCCUGAUGAUCCGUUAGGCCGGCACGGACCCACACUUAAUAACUUCCUCAGCAAAAAGCCAGUGCUUCCUGAACCAAAGUGGCAGCCUUGCCCCUAUGGUAAAAAAUGCACCUAUGGCAAUAAAUGCAAAUUUUACCACCCAGAGAGACUACAUCAGGUCCAGCUCUCGGUUGCUGAUGAACUCAGGGCCAAAAUAGAGGUCCCACUGAACCUGGGGGAAGAGGAAGAGCAGCAGAACCACUCACUGUACGGGACUGGGGGAGAGCCUGCACCGCCCAACGCCUGCACAGAAACGCUGCGAGAACCAAGCGGCUGCGCAGGGGUGUCCUGCUGCCCGGGGUGGUCCCAGGGGAGCUGUCGAGAGCAGCCAUCUGGUGCCUGGGCUGGUGGCCCCAGUGCUGACCUGGGGCUGGACAAGCAGCUGCUGCAGCCAGAGCUGCUGGGAGACCAGCUGCUCCUGGGGGAGAUGUCAGCGCUGGCCAUCAGUGACGACAGGCAUGGCUACAAUUGCUCCAUGUGUACCUCUCAGGACAGAGAGGUGACAGACAGCUGUCAUCGCUGUGAUGACCUCAGGCACAACGCGUACGCACUUCAUCACCCCCUGAGCUUGGACCACACCUGCCCACUGGGGUGCCCUUUCCAGCAAGCGGUGCUCACGCCUGCACUAGGCAGGAUGUGCCUGGACCACGGCUGGCCCCAGGAGCCCUACAGCACACGUGGGAUAGGGCAGAGGAACUGCUACAUCCCUGGUGGUGCUCAGCAGAAACAAGCCCUGGAGACUCAGCACCACACUUUGCCACAAUCCACAGCUCUUGCCCCUGACCCGCUUUGCUUGUACAGUGAGCAGCAGCUGCAGCAUGGUUUCCCCAGCCAGCCCCCACAGCACCCCUUUCUGUUAGACUCCAGGGACCAGCUGGGCUUCUUCCAGAAAGCCCACGCUUACCCCACUGCCUCUUACAGUAACUACUGGCCCUCCCCAGCUGCAAGGCCACCUUCUUCCCAGCAAGCAAACGUACACAGGGAACUGUGCUCCCUUUUCCCUUACGGUGAGGUGGACCACGCCAUGGCUUUGUACCCCAAUAUCAAGGAUAUUGCUUAG